GUACGCUCUUGCAAAGAAUAACUUUUUCGUUGGUUUAUAGCGACUAUGAGUACUUUCUUUCUUUAAAUUAUGGCUGAUAUACUAUGGAAAGAUCGUGAUGUACGUUUUGACAUUACACUACAACAAAUGAGAAUGAGAAAUGGAGAGAUUCAAAUUGAUAAGUUGGAUUCAGUUGAAGAUACAAAAGGCAAUAAUGGUGACAGAGAUUGAUUGUCACAAAUCUUCGAGUAAUAUGGCAUUCUCAGACCAUGCAACGUGUCAACCUCUCUGUUGGAUUUGGAUGUAUCCUCAACCUUUCCACUAGAGUUGCAAGUUCUAAACUUCGUGGUAAGACAGAAUCUUUAUAUGUUCUUACUCGAUGUAAUCACACAAGAUUUGAAUUUAUUUUUACAAACUUGGUUUCUGGCAGUCCAAGAUUAUUUUCAACUGUAAUGUCUGUUUAUAGGCGUACUUUGCUGAUGGCCAUAAAUCUACAGAUCGAGAACCCGUGUUCAAUCCCGAGCUUGGCUUGGCAAUAGAGAAGCUAAAAGAUGGGUUUACACUUCAAGGGCUUUGGGAGGUGAUGCCUAACUGAUGGCAAUAUUUUAUGUUAUCAUGUCCUAAGUACUUAUUGUGAAUUCUGUAAAUAAAGCGAACAUGUAAUAUUACAAAUCAUAGACAUUUCAUCAUUUA